AUGGCGUGGGUUUAUGGAGAAAAGGGUAUGAUUAAGGAGGCAAUUGAUUUGUUCUUCAGGAUACCUAAAUUCAGAAAUAGAGAAUGUUUGAGAAUUGUUCCGCAAUUGUUGUUAAAGAGUAGGGUCAUGAAUAUUCGAAUGGAGGGUUCGAGUUUUUCGAUAUUGAUUAAUGCCCUUUGUAGGAUUGGGAAGGUUGAUUUUGCUAUUAAGUUGCUAAAUUACAUGAUUUAUGAUGAGUUUGAUCCUGAUGGGAAAUUGUAUUCCUUGAUUUUGGGAUCAUUGUGUAGACAAAAGAAGGUAAAUGUGACUAGUGUGGAGGUAAUGGGUGUGUGGGAAGACAUGAAAAGAGUCGGGUUUUGCCCCGGUAGAGAGGAUUAUUGCAAUGUGAUUAAGUUCUUAGGGAGACAAGCAAAGGGUAAAGAGGUAUUUGAUGUUUUAUGUGAGAUGAAAAGGGAGGGAAUUAAGCCUGAUAUCAUGUCUUAUACAAUGGCUCUCAAUGGUCUUGUUGAAGCAGAAGAGUUUUCUAGAGUAGAAGAGUUGUUUGACGAAAUCCUCAUUUUCGGUCUAGCUCCAAAUGUGCUUACUUAUAAUGUGUACCUAAAAGGCUUAGGUAAACAAAAGAAAGCCGAGGAUGCGUAUAAGAUGAUUGGCUGCAUGGUUGAACUGGAUUGCCUACCCGAUGUGAAUACAUAUAAUACAGUAUUGGAAGCUUUUUGCAAGGUUGAGAAUUUGAGUAGAGUGAGGGAGGUGUGGAGUGAGAUGAAUAAGAAAGGUAUAGAAUUGAAUGAUCGAUCAUAUAAGUUGAUGAUUGAUGCAUUGGUUACUGCGGGUGAAGUUAUGGAAGCUUGCAAUAUGCUGGAGGAGAUGCUUUCCAAGAGUUUCCUGCCAAUGCUCUCCACUUAUGAGAGGAUUAUAUGUAGUUUGUGCCACGAGGGGCUUAUACCAGAGGCGUUACAUACUCUUGACAUAGUUUCUGACCACGGUGUUUUACCAGGUUCCAUGUCAUGGGAAGCACUUCUUCUUGGUUUAAAAAUUAAUCAUGAUUUUGUGGGGGAUGCGUUUCCCAGUUUGGUUACACGCUACCAGCACUAG